AUGUCUAGAAAAGCAGCUCUUGGGGCGAAACAAGGUGCCUGGAAUGCCAGCUGCCUCAGACAUUCUUUGCCCGAUGGUGGAUUGGGCAUAAACGAAGGAGCCUUGUUUCAACCUCUGCUCCAACCGGUACAGCUUGAUCACAAAGGUUACGCCAUAGAUGCGGAGUGGUCUGGUGAAAAUACGGGAUCCCGUCCGCUCUCCCAUAGUCAAGCCUGUAAGGGGCGGAUCAGUAGUUGGGUCGGUGACGACCAGCGAAUCCCCGCUGUUGUAUUACUUCCCUGGCUGCGCGCCAUUCUGUUUGCCCACUUCCUCAUGACAAGGAAAGCACUAAAACAGGCCAUCCCGAUGAAAGCGGCCGAGAUACAGUCAUUCUUAUGGCACAAGUUGGUGAUCCAAGUUAUAGUUCUGAUGACUUCUGUAUGCACGGUAUUACCACACGUACUCGAAAUGGCGAGGAUACAAACAGCAACUAUGAGACCGAAUCACGCCUGGCAGUGUUCCAGUAGAGAGGAGGAAAGGCCACAGUUGGUGCUCGGCUUUCAAAACACCAUUGUUACGGCGGGCAAGCCGGAUGCUAGCAGCCAACAUUCCGAGCGGUUACUCUGGCUCCCCAUUGUCAGAACGAAUUCGUUAGCAUCCAAUGAGAUCCAGCGCCCCGUGAAUCAACCAUACCACCCCAGAGAAAGGCAGAGAUAUGGUUGUCAGGUUCUAUUAUACGUGUAUCGACUAACAGAUCCGCAUAUCAAAAUGAAACAAUCUGGUGCUGCUUUCAUACACGGCCGUGUGUAUACUGUAAAUGACAGACGGCCAUGGGCCGAAGCCUUUAUUGUUUCCCCAUCCGGGCGUUUUGAGGCAGUCGGAACCGACCAAGAGAUCCAAGACCUGGCUGACGAGCAUGGCCUACCCAUCCACGAUCUUGACAAUAACUUCGUCAUGCCAGGAAUCCACGACGCACAUACCCACCUCCUAGUAGCCUCGAUGCAGAAAAUGAGCGAAGUUGACAUUGGAUCAGAUAGCACCGCUGCAACUAUUGCCGAGAACAUCAAGAGAGGACAGACCACUUGUGCCUGUUCACAAGCUCAUUUCAGAGGUGAUUGGUUCAUUGCAAACUCUUACGCAGGACAGAACUUUCCGGAUGGAAAGAUGGAUCGAAAAUAUCUAGACGAUACCUUUCCUGAGCAGCCGGUGCUUGUUCGAGAUGUCUCCUGUCAUAAUGUCGCCCUUAACACCGCAGCUCUCAAGCGCGUUGGGUAUGGCGCUGAUGUUGAGGAUCCCCCUGGAGGAAAGUACAUGCGGAGGCCGGAUGGCCAGUUGACUGGGGAGCUGGUGGAAGCAGCAUCAGCUGAGGUCUUGGCCAGCCUGCCUCAGCCACCUGUGUCGUUCGUCAAGGAAGCUCUUAUCUAUGGGAUCAAGAUGUCUCACAAAUUUGGUAUCACUUCACUACAAGAGGCGUCUGCUAACACACUCUAUCUUCACGCCCUUCGAGAGCUGGACAAUGAAGGACGACUGGAUAUGCAGGUUUUCCCUCACAUUGUGCAUGCACCGGAGAGCUUUGCUCAGGAGAGAGCCGAAAGCCUUCAUCGGCUCAUCGAUGAUGCUGAUGCUUUUUGCAGUCAACACAUUGAUGCAAGGUUUGUCAAGUUUUGGAUUGAUGGAGCGCCCAUACCGCCUCACUUCACGCAGUGCGACAUUGGAGCGGAUGGACUUCCCAACGAGGAUAGGCUGCUGCUUACAUUCGAAGAGCUGUUGUCAGCUUUGAAAAAGCAUGAUGCAAGGGGUUUGACAUGCAAGAUUCACUGUGCCGGUGAUGGCUCUGCAAGGCGAGCACUGGAUGUUCUUGAGCGAGUUCGACAGUCAAACCCUUCAGGCCCAGUGCAUGAGCUGGCACAUUGCAACGCCAUCCACCAAGAAUUACGAAUUACGGCCGAAAUGUCACCUGCGAUAUUUCAUGACACAAAUCUCACAGCCAACUAUCCUCAUAUCUUCAAAUGGCCGUUCAAGGAACUCCAGGAUGCUGGCGUCCAUGUCACCGUAGGUUCCGACUGGUUCUUGACCGACACGCCAGACCUAUUCCCCGCCCUAUCGGCCGUCGUGGAGCGCUUUGGUACGCAAGCGGGCAAGACGACAAAAGAGGUUGGAGGUGCAAAGAUCUGUCGUAUCAUAACGCUAGCGGGUGCUGAGGCUUGGAGCGAAAGUGCUGAAAACGUGGUUUGA